GAUAAAUUUCAUAACAAAGUCAUCGUUUGAAUUGUUCAAGUUCAGUCAAACAAUUAUCUUAAACGGCAACUAUAUUUGACAAAUAACGAGAAAACUAUUCACUAGAGAUAAUCUCAACAAAAGGCUGUGUGAUGUCAAUAACCCAAAAGGAAGAAGUGACGUGGUUUUAUUUCAUUCUGAAUCAUUGUGCUCUUGUUUAGGAUUUCGAAUUUGAUGAAUAAAUUUUUACCAUAAUCUAACUUCGAUCACAUCAAUCAUGAGUGAUAAUUCUGAGACUGAAGAUGUGCAUGAACUUUUUGUACAAGAUGGAGUACUUUUGUUUUCUGCUGCCGCAUCAUUCAUUAGUUUUGUGAAAUCUGUAGGCACUCUCAUGAUAACUGAGUAUUCUGAUAAAAGUAGGAAUAUUGAAUGGAAACCAAUAGAUGAUGUAACAGUUGAUUCAGAUAUUCAAGAUCAAGAAUGGGCAGUGGUAAACACAGUAGAAAAACGAAUACGAACAUUAAGUGGUUCUGUACCACUAGAAUAUAAGAACAGAUCAAAGUUCUUGAAAGUUAGCUUUGAUGAAAUCAAAAGCUUCAGAGUUUCUGAUAAAAAUAGAAGAUUAACGUUCAACGAUGGAAAAUCCGAACAAAUCUGUACAUACCUCUUUCAACAUGGUAAUUGUGAACAUUUUGUGAUUUUUUUGAAAUCUUUAAUACAAACAAUUCCUUCACGAAGAGACAAGCAUGUCUUUGUAGUAUUGGACAAAACGAAUCCUGAGAUGGAGAAAAUGGAUAAGUCCUUUGCUGAAUUGAAUGUUUGUACGGAUGGUCCUCGUGUAUGGAAAUUAUGGGAUGAAUUCCAAGAGAGACCGAUGGUGGCCACCUUUGAAGCAUUUGCUAAGAUCACAGAUUUAGUUUAUAGGAGUCCAGAACACAGGGAACUUAGUGAAGACGUUAAGGAAAUGCUAAAUAAAAGUAUCACAGAGUGUGGAAGUAAUUCUACAAGCCAUUCACAAGGUGAUUAUGAAGUGGUAGAUGUGCCUUAUUUACCAAAAAGGAGAGAUUUUCCAAGAGGAAAGCCUUUGACAUUAGAUCAGUGGCUUGGGGUACAAGAUCAUGAUGGUAGAAUUGAAGACUCAGAAUGCUUAAAACUCAUGAUAUAUCAAGGGGGAAUCACACCAUCAUUGAGGAAAGAGGUUUGGAAGUAUCUUUUAGAUUAUUAUCCUUGGAACUGUACACAGGCCAAACGACAAAGAAUAAUAGCUCAAAAAAAUGAUGAAUACUUCUCCAUGAAAUUACAAUGGAAGACCAUGUCUAAAACCCAAGAGGAUAAUUUUACAGAUUAUAGAGAAAGGAAAUCGCAAAUUGAGAAGGAUGUCAGUCGAACAGAUAGAACAAUAGAAUUUUAUGCUGGUGAUAAUAACCCUAACCUUCAAAUUCUUAAUGACAUUCUGAUGACAUAUGUUAUGUACAACUUUGAUUUGGGUUACGUCCAAGGAAUGAGCGAUCUUCUUUCUCCGAUAUUACACUUAAUGCAGAGUGAGGUUGAUGCAUUUUGGUGCUUUGUUGGUUUCAUGAACAGAUUGAGUUCGAAUUUUGAUGCGGAUCAAAAUGGAAUGAAAGAACAGCUGAGUAAUUUAUUCACACUUGUUGCCUUUAUAGAUCCAGACCUCGCCUCUUAUUUCACUAAUCACGAUUCUGGAAAUAUGUUCUUCUGUUUCCGUUGGCUGUUAGUUUGGUUCAAACGAGAACUCAGUGAAGAAGAUUGUAUGUCUCUUUGGGAAGUCUUGUGGACAGGUUUUCCUUGUGAAAAUUUCCAUCUUUUACUGUGCUGUGCUAUCCUCACAGAAGAGAAACAAACAUUGAUGGAAAAUAACUACGGAUUCACAGAUAUACUAAAGCACAUCAAUGAACUGUGUGGAAGGUUGAAUAUUGAUAAGAUUUUGAAUGAUGCCCAAGGAAUAUACUACCAAAUAAAAGAGUCAAAGCAAUUGAAUGAUAUCAUAAGACUUCUCUUAGGACUUCCAUUAACAGGAAGUAGUUUAUCAGAUAAUCAUGAAACUUCUCCAUUCGAAGAAAAUAUUGGCUCAAGUAAUGGAUCAACUAGCAUGCAACCACAAAGUUCUCAAGAAAGCAUAAGAAUUAGCCCUGAUGAAAAUAGCUUUGAGAAGUGUUUGUCGUCAAAUUUUUUAUAAGGCACUAAGUUUUAUCAUUGAGCAGCUUGUAUGAAAUUACAUAUUAAUUAUUUUCAAAUAUUGAAUUAUUGAGUAUUAAACAUAAAUUUUUACAGAAAUAA